AUUUAAAGCAGCUUUAGGAGUUAAAGGUUGUGAAUCAAACCAUAAAAAAUUUUCUUUAUAGAGAAAGUAGUUUUUCUGGGUAAUUAGUUUCUACAGAGACUUCACAUAAUCAUCUUUCUUUCUAUCAUUCUUUUGGUUUAUUGUCAAAAAAAAUUAUCUUGUGCAUUUCAGAGAUGAUGGCUGUGGCAGCAGCAGUCUUAGUGGUGAGUCUUGCAGUGUUUGGAUACAAAAGAAUAAGGCCUCCACCUCCAAAGAUUUGUGGGUCAGAAAAUGGCCCUCUUAUUACUUCACCAAGAAUUAGGCUUAGUGAUGGAAGGUAUUUGUCCUAUAAAGAGAGGGGUGUUCCAAAAGAGAUUGCAAAGCAGAAGGUCAUUCUUGUUCAUGGCUUUGACAGUUCCAAGGACAUCUAUUUGCCACUAUCUCAAGAGGUGAUGGAAGAGUUAGGCGUAUAUAUCCUGACUUUUGACAGAGCAGGAUAUGGAGAAAGUGAUCCAAACCCAAGGAGGUCAGUAAAGAGUGAAGCAUUUGACAUUCAAGAACUUGCUGAUCAAUUGCAAUUGGGUCCUAAGUUUCAUGUAAUUGGAGUUUCAAUUGGAACUUACUCUAUUUGGGCUUGUCUCAAGUAUAUACCGCACAGACUAGCUGGUGCGACUCUUGUGGUUCCAGUGAUCAAUUUCUGGUGGCCUUCUUUUCCUCCUAAAUUGGUAAAUGAGGCCUUUAAGAAGCAACUUAAGAGAGACCAAGUCAAAUUGACAAUUGCACAUCACUUUCCUCGACUUGUGUAUUGGUGGAUGACUCAGAAAUUGUUCCCUUAUUCUUCUAUCAUGCAAAGACAUCCAAUAUUACUAAACAAAAGAGAUUUAGAAAUUAUAAAAGAAAUGUCUCAAGUACCAAAUCCUGAUGAGCAUAAGAUACGGCAGCAAGGAGUGCAUGAAUCACUGCAUAGAGACAUGAUAGUACAUUUUGGGAAAUGGGAAUUUGACCCAAUGGAGCUGAAGAAUCCAUUUCCAACCAAUGAGGCUCGUGUCUACUUGUGGGAAGGUCAUGAAGACAAGCUUGUACCGUUUGAAUUGCAGCGAUUUGUUGUUAAGAAACUGCCUUGGAUCAAAUACCAUGAAGUUCCAGAUGGUGGCCAUUUGAUGAUUCAUGAGAAGGCCUUGUGCGAGGUUAUUUUUAGGGAACUUUUGCUUGGAGACGAACCAUCGUUUUGAUAUACAUGUUAAAUUUAAGAAUAAAAAAAUGAAAAAAAAAAAAAAAAAAAAAA